GUGUCCUAGUGGUAAAUGUUACAUGGAGGAACAAGACUUAUGUGGGAACACUGCUGGACUGCACAAAGCAUGACUGGGCCCCUCCUAGGUUUUGUGAAUCGCCAACAAGUGACCUGGAAAUGCGUGGAGGACGGGGCAGGGGAAAGCGGGCAAGGUCUGCUGCAGCUGCAGCUGUGCCUGGGAACGAUGCGAGUUUUGCAGAGUCCAGAGGACUUCAGAAUAAGAAUCGAGGUGGUGCCAAUGGGAAGGGGAGGAGGGGCAGCCUUAACUCAAGUGGGCGCAGGACACCCCCAAACUGCUCCAUGGAUGAAGUCAAAGCCAGCCCCUCAUCCACAAACAAGAGGAAGACUAAGCCUCCAAUGGAGCUAGAUUUGAACUCCAGUUCGGAGGACAAUAAAUCUGGAAAACGUGUUCGUACUAACUCUAGAAGCACUCCCACCACCCCACAGGGGAAACCUGAGACUACUUUUUUGGACCAAGGCUGCUCUUCUCCAGUGCUGAUUGACUGUCCUCACCCCAACUGCAACAAAAAGUACAAGCACAUUAAUGGACUACGAUACCAUCAAGCUCAUGCACAUUUAGACCCAGAAAACAAACUGGAGUUUGAGCCUGACAGUGAAGACAAAAUUUCAGACUGUGAGGAAGCAUUGAGUAAUGUGGCACUUGAAUGCAAUGAGCCAAGCACAAAUUUGCCAGGCUUUGAUCCACUAAAAGCACCGACGUCUCCUUCCUCCAUCACUACCCCAGGGACCCCCAAGGGAAAAAGGGAACUGACCAGCAAUGGUUCAGUUAUCAGUUCCAAAACUGGCAAAAAUUCUGGCAAAAAGAAGGGUCUGAACAGUGAAUUGAACAGCCUUCCAGUGAUUUCUAAUAUGGCAGCCACACUGGAUAAUUGCUCGGCAGCAGAUGGCAAUUUGCAAACUGAAAUGCCGAAAUUGGAGGCUGAAGGGUUAAUCGACAAGAAGAGCUUGGGUGAUAAAGGCAAGAAGGCGAACAAUUGCAAAGUGGAUAAAAACCUUUCCAAACUGAAAACAGCCAGGCCCAUUGCCCCAGCGCCAGCACCGACUCCUCCCCAAUUAAUAGCUAUACCUACUACAGCCUUUACAACCACCACUACAGGGACAAUACCGGGACUGCCCUCUCUAACAACUACUAUUGUUCAGGCUACACCAAAGAGCCCUCCGCUAAAACCUAUUCAACCAAAGCCCACAAUUAUGGGAGAGCCAAGCACUGUAAACCCAGCUCUCGCAUCACUCAAAGACAAAAAGAAAAAGGAGAAGCGAAAGCUGAAGGACAAAGAAAGCAAAGAGACGGGAAGCCCCAAGAUGGAUUCUAAGCUGGGAAAGCUGGAGGAUUCAAAAGGGUCUGGGAAGGACUUAUCUGGACAUUUUUUAAAGGACCAUCUCAGCAAGAAUGAAGUGCUAGCUAAUGGACUGUCAGAGUCUCAAGAGAGCAGAAUGGCAAGUAUUAAGGCUGAAGCUGAUAAGGUUUACACGUUCACAGACAAUGCGCCCAGCCCUUCCAUAGGGAGUGCCUCCAGGAUGGAAUGCAGCACUUUGGUGAAUGGACAAUCUGCCAUGGCGCCACUGCACGUGUUGACACAAAAUGGUGCAGAUAGCGCGGCUGCUAAAACCAACAGCCCUGCUUACUCAGAUAUUUCUGAUGCGGCUGAUGAUGGUGGCUCUGACAGCAGGUCAGAGGGCAUGAGGUCAAAGGCCAGCUCUCCGUCAGAUAUUAUUUCUAAUAAGGACAGCGUUGUAAAAGGACAUUCUUCAACCACGGCACAAUCGGCUCAAGCAAAAGAGUCCCAUUCUCCUUAUUACCAUGGCUAUGAUCCUUAUUAUUCCCCAAGUUACAUGCACUCUGGACAGGUCAGUGGCCCAGCAGCUGGGAACAGCAGUACUCCACAAGGACUGAAGAUCAAAAAAGAGGCUGAGGAAGAGGCUGAAAAGAAAGAGAAGGCAGAAUCGUCAGAUGCCAAGAAAAGCGAAAGCACUUCCUCUAAUUUGCAGCCACAACACCAGUCAGUAAUAACGCAAAGACACCCUGCACUUGCUCAGUCACUUUAUUAUGGACAGUAUGCCUAUGGGCUCUAUAUGGACCAAAAGUCCUUAAUGGCAUCUAACCCUGCUUACAGGCAGCAGUAUGAAAAGUACUAUGAGGACCAGAGACUAGCAGAACAGAAAAUGGCACAAACUGGGAGGGACUGUGAAAGGAAGAAUGACCCUCCCUUGAAGGAGAUUGGGAAGGAUGACAACAAGCAGAAGAAUAUUCCGUCUGCCACUAUUUCAAAGGCCCCUUCAACUCCAGAGUCCAGCAAAAAUAACACUAAAAUAGGGUCAGCAGUCCCUAACAAAGGUGAGGAGUCAAGCAAAUCACAGAUCCUUUCCAAUCACCAGCAGCAGCUUCAGUCUGACAGUUUCAAAGCCAAACAAAUGGAAAACCAUCAGCUCAUAAAGGAGGCUGUGGAGAUGAAAUCUGUGAUGGACUCCAUGAAGCAAACGGGAGUAGAUCCAACCACAAGAUUUAAACAGGAUCCAGAUUCACGAACAUGGCAUCAUUAUGUCUAUCAGCCCAAAUACCUUGACCAGCAAAAAUCAGAAGAACUUGAUCGUGAGAAAAAGUUAAAAGAAGACAGCCCUAGAAAAACACCUAACAAGGAAAGUUCCCUGCCUAACCUUCCUGUCUCAUUAGCAAGCAUUAAAGAGGAGCCUAAAGAGGUCAAGCGUUCUGAUUCUCAAUCAGUGGAUGAAAGCAAGAUAAAAAACGAUGAUCGAAAGACUCCUGUAAAUUGGAAGGACUCUCGGGGUGCUAGAGUAGCAGUUUCCUCACCAAUGAGUCAGCAUCAGUCAUACAUCCAGUACUUGCAUGCGUAUCCUUAUCCACAGAUGUACGAUCCCAACCAUCCAGCCUAUCGCGCAGUCUCUCCUGUCCUAAUGCACAGCUAUCCUGGGGCCUAUCUCUCUCCAGGAUUUCAUUAUCCAGUUUAUGGGAAGAUGUCAGGGAGAGAAGAGGCAGAGAAAGUCAGUACCAGCCCGAGCAUCAAUGCAAAAUCAACCACUGAGUCCAAAGCACUGGAUUUGCUCCAGCAGCAUGCCAACCAGUAUCGCAGCAAGUCCCCUGUUCCUGUGGAAAAAUCAGCAGCUGAGCGUGAACGGGAAGCAGAAAGGGAACGAGACCGUCAUUCUCCUUUUAGUCAGCGGCAUCUCCAUACACACCAUCACACACAUGUUGGAAUGGGUUACCCCCUUAUACCUGGACAAUAUGACCCAUUUCAAGGAUUGACCUCUGCUGCCCUUGUUGCCACUCAGCAGGUGGCUGCACAGGCAUCUGCUUCUGGUAUGUUUCCUGCACAAAGAAGAGAAUGAUGAGUUUGGAGAUGUACAUUGUCAUGUGACUGGAUCACA